CACGCCACAGCCACCACUCUGCCGGCAGCCGCCACCCAGCAUGGCUGAGAAACCUCAAAUCCAGCUCUUCGUCAAGGCAAGCGAGGACGGGGAGAGUGUGGGCCACUGCCCCUUCUGCCAGCGGCUCUUCAUGGUGCUGCUGCUCAAAGGGGUGCCCUUCACCCUCACCACCGUGGAUGUGAAGAGAGCGCUGGAUGUGCUGAAGGACUUCGCGCCAGGUGCCCAGCUGCCUGUUUUGCUCUACAAUGAUGAGCCCAAGACCGACACCGUCACCAUUGAGGACUUCCUGGAGGAUAAGCUGGGGCCCCCCAAGUUCCCCAGCCUGAUCCCACGGUACAGAGAGUCAAGCCUGGCCGGGAAUGACAUCUUCCACAAGUUCUCCACCUUCAUCAAGAACCCAGUGCCUGCCCAGGAUGAGGCACUGCAGCGGAGCCUCCUGCGGGCCCUGCUGAAGCUGGACGAGUACCUGACUGCCCCGCUGGAGUACGAGCUGGCCCAUGACCCCCAUCUCCGGGCCUCCCGGCGCCGCUUUCUCGACGGGGACCAGCUCACAUUAGCCGACUGCAACCUACUGCCCAAGCUCAACAUCGUUCAGGUCGUGUGCCAGCAUUACCGCCGCUUUGGGAUCCCCAAGGACCUGCGGGGUGUGUGGCGCUACCUCAACAGCGCCAGCGAAACCAAGGAGUUCAAAUACACCUGCCCCAACAGCGAGGAGAUCAUACAAGCCUAUCGCUCCGUGGUCCGGUCGCCGCAGUGAGCCGGACACAGACCCAGGUGGGGCAGGGCCAGCUUCAGGCAGCAGGCCAGUGCUCACCUCGGUCCUGCCAUGACUGCCACAUGCCUGCACACACUCGGGAGGGCAGAGAGCAUGAGAUGAGCCCCUGGCACACAUAUACCCUGCUGGCACCCCUGCCCGAGGUGCUGGUAGCAAUCUGCAUUCCACUGAGCCUGCAAAUGCGUUCUCACCUCUUGUGCCACCCUCCCUGCCUGGCCAGGAUCCCCUCGACCUGCCCUGCAGUCCCCCAAGCAUCAGGACAGAUGCAAGGGGGCCAACAGCCUUGGGCGCCCUCUGUACCGUAGGUGGGCAAUGCUGAGGGCAAGGGCAGGAGGUGGGGAGGAAAAGCUGCCCAGCGCAGAGGGCUGCAGGGCACAGAGAGGGCAGCACACUGCAGCGGGCAUCCCUGCACAACAUGCCACCCGCCAGGCCAGCAAUCUGAGGCAGGGCUGUGCCAGGUACCGCAGGACGCCCCUGAGGAGCUGCACCGGUGAGGGGAAGCAGCACAGCCCUGCAGAGCCCUGGGCUCAGAGCCAGGGGGGUGGCACAGGUGGUGGAGACAGCCCAGACCCCAGCACCCUGGGUGAGGGGAGUGGAGGGCACCGUCCCCCCAGAACCUGCCAUUAGGAAGCUCUCAGGAGCAGAUUUGGGAGCGGGAUGGGGUGGAAUCUGGGCAAGUCUAAGGCAUGUAUCAGAGCUCCCAGA